AAAUAAUUGAAUUGUGAAAGAAAAAAGUGAAACCCAGAAACAGAGCAGGGAUGAAGAUGACGAUGAAGCUCAAGUUUACUCCUAAAACUUUUGCUGCCUUCUUUCAUGGUGGUACUACUCUUAUUACUCCUUUUACUUCUUUUCAUUCACGCAAUUAUUACUCCAUUGCAACUGAUGCUGUUAUUCAAGAUCGUCAGUUGUUUCUCCAAUCAGUUAGAGAACACUGCAAAUUAGGGUUUUCAAAUCUCAAUUUCCCCCUUUCUCUCUUCCAUCAAAUGCUCUCUUUGCGCCCUAUUCCUUCUAUCAUCGUUUUCACUCAACUCUUCACUGCCAUUUCCAAAUUGAAACACCUUCAACCUCACUCCACCAUUAUCUCUCUCAUCAGAGACCUUGAAUUCUCUGGUGUUCGACCCAAUUGGUAUUCACUGGGUAUUCUCACCAAUUGUUACUGCCAUUUGGGCCGUGUUGAUUUCGGCUUCUCUCUUCUCGCCAAAAGACUUAAGCUUGGUUACCCCUUUGAUGGUGAUUGUGUUAUCUUUAACACCUUAACCAAUGGCUUUAUCCACUGUGAUAAGCUUCCUCAAGCUCUUCAAUUGCUCGAUCAAAUUGUUAAGCUAGGUUUCCAACCUGAUAUUGUUACCUAUGGUGCUAUUUUCAAAGGCCUUUGUCAGAUUGGUGACAAUGCCGCAGCCCUUCACUUGCUUAGGAAAAUGCAAUCGGGAACUUGUGAGCCUGAUCUUGUCAUAUAUAGUACCAUCAUUGAUAGUCUCUGUAAGGAUAGGCUGUUGAAAGAGGCCCUCGACCUGUUCACUGCCAUGAAAAGUGAGGGCAUUAUACCUAAUGUUGUCACUUAUACCUCCUUGAUUAGAGGUCUCUACAACUCCGGCUCCAAGGUCGAGGCUAAAGAUAUGCUAGCUCAGAUGUUGGAGUGUAACAUAGCACCAAGUGUUAUCACCUUCAGCAUGCUUGUUGACAUGUUUUGCAAAGAUGGGAAUGUUGAUGAAGCGCAAGCUAUCCUAGACUACAUGAUUGAGAGAGGUGAGAUUCCAGAUGUUAUAACUUACAGUGCUUUACUGGAUGGUUAUUGUUUGCGUGGUCAGAUGGAGGAUGCAGAAAAAUUACUUGAUUUGAUGACCAAGAAUGGUUGUGAGCCUAAUAUCGUAAGUUUCAACACUAUCAUUAAUGGAUACUGCAAGGCAAGAACCAUUGACAAGGCCCUACACUUGUUCCAAGAAAUACUUCAGAAUGGGGUGACACUUAAUGUUGUUACCUAUACCACUCUUAUUGAUGGACUAUGCAAAGUCAAUAGACUUACACUUGCACGCCAGAUGUUCAAGGAUAUGCAAGGGCAUGGAAUUACUCCUAAUGUUGUCACAUAUGGUUCAUUGCUUGAUAGCUUAUGCAAAAACGCGCUACUUGACGAGGCAGUGGCGUUACUUGAAGAAAUGGAGGAUAAUCGUGUUAAGCCUAAUGUUGUCAUCUAUAAUAUCCUAAUGGAUAGUUUGUGUGAGGCUGGGCAACUUGAAGAUGCAGCAAAUUUUUUAUCUGAUCUUGCGUUCAAGGGCCUGCAACCUGAUUCUAAAACAUAUAAUAUAAUGAUUAAAGGUUUAUGCAAGAAAGGGCUCAUGGAUGAGGCUAUCCAAUUGUUGAGGAAAAUGGAGGAAGACAGUUGCUCACCAGAUGAUGGUACUUAUAAUACGAUUAUCAGAGGAUAUAUUCUCAAUAAUGACUCAUCAAAUGCAUUGUACUAUCGUGAUCUUAUGGUUAGCAAGGGAUUCAAAGGUGAUGCUGACACUUUCUCGUUACUGGUUGGCCUAUUGUCGUCUGGAAACUUAAAUGAUUCAUCUAAGGAUCUUCUUAGGGAGUUAUUGAAAUGAUGUGGGUAAUAUGAUUCCAAAUUGCAACUAUUACUUACACUUUUUCGUACUGGUCGGCCUAUUGUCGUCUGUUACUCUGCUUCUUAAUCAAAGGGGCUCUUGCUUAAAUUUAUCUGUCUUUUUGGAGUUAAAGCUGUCAGAUUUUAAUCUUAAAGCACCUCUUCCUGAUGGGUUUGAUUGAGUCUGAAGAUUCUCUCAAUUCUGAUGCAUUUAUGGAGCUGGCAAUACAGGAAGCAAAAGUUGCUCUUCACAGACUUGAAGUGCCAGUUAGUUGUGUAAUCGUCGAGAACAGGAAGGUGAUUGCAUGAGGUAGCCAUCGUUCUAAUGAGACACGUAAUUCUACUAAGCAUGCAUAGAUGGAAGCUAUUGAUGGCCUUCUAGAUAAAUGGCACAGAGAUGGACAGCUAUUGAUGGCCUUUUACAUAAAUGGCACAGAGAUGGACUUUCACAAUCUGAAGUUGUGAAAAGGAUUUCAGAGUGCACCCUUUUUGUUACAUGUGAGCCAUGCAUAAUGUGUGCAAGCGCCUUAUCGGAUUUUGGUUUGAAGGAAUUUUACUAUGGAUGUACCAAUGAUAAGUUUGGGGGAUGUGGUCCAAUUCUUUCAUUGCAUGAAACCAGCUGCGUACAAUCAAAUAAUGCUGGCAUAACUGGUUUAAAAUGCUCUGGAGGAAUAAGGGCACCAGAAGCAAUUUCUCUUUUCAAAAUCUUCUAUCAACAUGGUAAUCUUAAUGCUCCGAAGCUUCAUCGAGCAGAUUUCAACCUUAGUACUUUUCUCUUGUUGGCUGUCCUUUGGAGACUCUCUUUGUUGUUACUAGAACACCAGCUUUAAUUGUAAGGAGCAAGUAGUUUAAGCGUGAAAUUCAAGAGCUUUGUCACUGGCUAAUUGCAUUAUAUUCAUUAUUUGUCCUCAACUAAAUCUAUGUCCUCCAAUGCUUAUUAGCUUGUGAAGAUGCGUAUUGCAAGAGCUUGGGAGGUGCAUUGCUAUAUAUGUGCUACAGAUAGCUUAGCAUGUGGCUGCUAUUCGAUCUUCCCGAAAUCUAUAAGCUUCUUGAUCUGGAUUCGUGAACUGGAUUCCUGGUGGUUGUCUAUUUUGAAGCUGGUAAUGAAUAACUAUUGGAACUUUAAGCAUCUAUAUUUGUCAUCGGCUGAUUCCACCCCCUUUUUUCUUUCUUUGAAGAAUCUUUUUCUUCCUUACUUGCAUCCAAUACCUCUUUACCAUGACAACAAGUAGAAAUUUAUGUCUUUUUACAUUCUUUUGUUGGACAUUUGAAUGAGAGUGAUUAUAUUGUUUUUCUUAUUUCUUGGUAUAAUUGAAAGUCCAUCUUAGUUUAAUAUGGAAAGGAGCUGUAGCAUAAUAGACCUGAAUGCAUACGUUAA